AUGAUUGUCAUUCUGAAAUUCGCCAUGGAACCAAAUAAAGAUCUCGUGGCAAAGCUAGUCAUGGCUGACCCAGGCCUACCCCGACCAAACCCAACCCAGUCCUACUGGCAACAUAUCCCUCACGACCUAGCGGAUGUCAAAUCGCCGAAUCUUCCCACUGAACGUGACUUUGCUAUCAUCGGAUCUGGAAUUACCGGACUGGCCGUUGCCAAGACUAUUCUAGAGCAACAUCCAGCAGCAACAGUGUCCGUGUUGGAAGCUCGAACCCUCUGCUCCGGUGCCACAGGACGCAAUGGAGGACAGAUGGCCGCCAAUGUAGGUGAAGAGUAUAUGCAUCUGGCUGAAACGCAUGGACCAGAAAUGGCGGGGAAGAUCGUAUCAUUUACGUUUCGAAACCUGCAGAGGAUGCAAGAAUUGAUCAACGAAUAUGACGCUGUGGAGACGAGCGAGAUGCAGCAGCUUCAGAAGUUGCGAGCUUUUUUGACUGAUGAUACUUUCCGAGAUUUCAAAUUAAGUAUUGCGCGCUUGGAAACAGACCAUCCUUCCUGGAAAGGCUUGUACACGAUUCUGGACCAGGACACUCUCAUCAAGAAAUAUGGAAUCCACGGAGCGGCAGGCGGAGCAUUGCUUCCCGCUGGAACCGUGUGGCCCUAUCGGCUUGUGACAAAAGUGUUUGCAGCCUUGAUGAAGAAGUACCCAGAUCGACUGACCAUCGAGACAAACACGCCCGCUCAGGCAGUCGAGUAUGAAAACAAUUUUGUCACACCGAUAACAUCCGUGUUUCCGUACAUUGUCCGAACCUCUCGUGGCCCAAUGCGAGCCGGAAACGUAGUCUAUUGCACCAAUGGCUACACCGGACAUCUCAUCCCUAAGCUACGAGGCCGCGUUCAUCCCUUCAAAGGCACAAUGACGGUCCAAGACCCCGGGGAUGCGAUGCCGAAUCAAGGAAAAUCUUUCUCAUGGGGAUUUCACUAUCCAGUCACAUACGAUCCUGCCACGAAAGAAUCUGGCCAUGGACUGUAUUAUCUGGGACAGAGUGCGAAGACCGGUUAUUUCUAUCUCGGCGGCGAAAAUGCUCGGAUAGAGGACGUUGUCACAGCUGAUGAUAGCUUUGUGGAAAAGAAAUCUGUGACCCAUCUGCAGUCUGUUCUCCCAAAGUUCUUUGGCAAAAGCGCCACGCCGCCGUGGAAGGUUGUCAGCUCAUGGAGUGGCAUUAUGGGAUUCUCAUCUGAUGGGCUGCCGCUAAUUGGUCAGCUCCCUGCAUCACUCACCGGACGCAAUGGCGAGGGAGAAUGGAUUGCAGCCGCUUUCAAUGGAUAUGGCAUGGCUAAUUGCUUGAUGAGUGGCGAGGCACUGGUGUCCAUGAUACUUGGAAAUGGUGCUGGGGAAUGGCUUCCGGAUGCGUAUGGACUGAGCGAGAAGCGAUUGAGAGAUAUUCUCACGGCACCUGAAUCAAUCAAGGCUCUGACUUCUAAGUUAUAG